AAAGUAAUCAAUCAAGAGGAAACUCACACAUUCACACCAAAAACUCACCUAAUUCUCCCACCAUAGAAAACUUCCGGUUGAUCAUUUCAAUGGCAGCAGCAGCAUCAACGACCUACUUCGGUAGAAAAAACCACCGCUACUUCUCCGGCGAAACCGAUAUCCCUACGCCAACGAAUCUGACGUUCGAAUUCAACGAAUUCGACGUUUGGAACGUCGCAUCGUCACCAGAAUUUCACAAAACCGUAUCCGCGUCUCGGAUCUCCAACAAAUCACCAUCAACGGCGAUCCAAAAAGCCGCGUUAUCGUUGCCUGUUGAUGUUCCUGACUGGUCGAUGAUACUGAAGAACGAGCUGAUCAAGAACCGUACGACAGCAGGUAUCGACGAUGAUGACCUUGAUAUAGAUAUGUACGGCGACGACGAUAACUUAAUUCCGCCACACGAGUAUUUAGCGAGGGGAAGAACAAUGUCGUUUUCCGUUCAUGAAGGAAUCGGAAGGACUUUAAAAGGAAGAGAUCUAAGUAGAGUUCGUAACGCGGUAUGGAAGCAGAUUGGAUUUGAAGAUUGAAGGUUGAAACCGAAGAUCACGGAUGAUAAAUGAUCCAAAAUUUUGCCUGAGUUAACAUUAGUAUAUUCGCUUUUCUUUUUAUAUAUUGUUUUGUUUUGAUUUGAUAUCAUUUGUUCAUCCAUUUGAUUGUUUAAGCGGAUUAGUAUGUAACUACGGUUGCAAUUUGCAAAAUUGAGAGUGAAUAAGGAGUUUGUUUUGAAUUUUUGAUAA